CCCAAGAACGGCUAGCGAAGAGACGAGGGAAGAGGGCGAUUAAAACCCUAACAUUAAUCCUCAAUCCGCUUCUUCAAUCCAAUGUUCAAACGUAGAAAUCCGGAUAACCUAUCUGACUGGGGAUUUCUUGUGAUUGAUAUGAGGAGGAGGAUAGGAAGAAUUGCCUAAACCCUAAACCGGCAAUCCUAACCGUGUUCCAGCAUGGAUCGUUGUCUACGUCAAUGCUCGGCCUAUUGAGUGCAGAAAUGAGAAACUACAGUAGGGGAGAACUGCAGGAUCGGUGGGUUCGUCUCGUUGAGGCGGAGACUACGACGACCGAUCCGUCGGAGCAGGAAAUAGUCCGCAGGCAGAAGGAAGAAUGGUUUUCAGAUUCUUUCAAGUUUCUUAUUCAGUUGGCAGAUGGAGUACAUAUUUGGUGUGGCUACUCAGCACUAAUGGGGCCCCUUCUGGAAGCAUUUCAUGGUUACUAUCAAGAUGAUCUUCCAGCAUCACCUCUAAAACUUUUGUGGAAGAGAAUCUCACAGGAACUAAGGGCAUGCACUCAUUGCAUUUCUCAGCACCAUGAGGCCAAGCAGGCGUAUAGUGUUGAAUUUGAGUCAGAUACUGUUGGCCCUCUUCUUAAUGUGUUGGAGACCCUUGAUGAAGAAAGGGUGACAGAGCAUCUUAAGGUUCUUAACAAAAAAAAUAUGGCAGGAAAACAGAGCUUGCCAGACUACAAUGAUGAAGUCAUUAGUGUGUUGUUUGAAGUUCUGAUGUUCCCACAAUUGCUUGAUGAUCAGUCAUUGGUUAACGAAUUCAUACCAUUUAUAGAAGCAGUUGAUGAUUCCCAAGAACUAACUUUGGCUGGGCAUCAGCAAUACCCUGGAGUGUAUGCGCUUCUCUUUAUGAAGAGUGAGAAGGUUCGGUCAAUUGGUCUACGUCUUGCUGGAGGAAUGGGGAAGCUGAGAAAAGCAGCAGAUAUUGAGCCAUUGCAGCCCUUGUUGAAGAAGUGUAUAUCCAUGUUAGAAUUUGAAAUUUCACGGUCAACUUUGAACACCUCACGACCAAGGAUGCAACUUGAACGUAUAACAGUAUGGCUUGGGAUCAAAGCUCUGCUUGUCUUCUUAGAGCCACAAGCAUUUGAAGAAGGUAUACUGGAGCGAUAUCCCAUUUUUCUCAGCAUCGUACUUAAUCACAUUAGUGAUGAUACAGUGGAAUUCAGUCAUGCAGUCACCUGUUUGCGUUUGCUCUUUGAAAUGCUUGGAUGUAAAGCUUGGUUAAAAACCACAUUUUCUCCAAGUGUGAUGCGCAACACAUUCUUGGGUCAAUGUUUUCAUACCCGAAAUGAGAAAAGCCAUAAAGAAAUAUUUGACCUUUUCAUGCCAUUUUUAAAGUCUUUGGAGCCUUUGCAAGAUGGUGAACAUGAAAAGCAGCGAAGGCACCUUCUCUACUUCCUCCUUCACCAAGUUCCUCGUAGUAGUAACUUUAGUCUUUUAAUGCAGAAGAAGGCUUGCAAGAUAGCCCUUCUUAUCGUAGAUCGUGGUUAUAAGAUGAAACCCCCAUGCCCACCUUUAGAGUGUUCACACAUGUGGGGCCCGUCUCUUCUCUGUUCAUUGAAGGACUCUGCACUGCACAGUUCUCUGAGGCAGCCCGCUUUUGAUCUUUUCAACACAAUUAUAGUUUCUGAUACAGCAGCUUUGGCAUGUUGGAAGUUGAAACUCCAUUCAUAUACUGAAAUAAAUGUUUCCAGGGCCUUCAAUGAUGAUGAAGAUGAUGAUCCUUUUUCAGGUGAUGCUGAGGAAAAGGAAACCACUUGCUGGACCGAGUUUAACACAUUAAGCAAACUAACUGUUAGGGAAUGUAACGAGUGGAUGUGCAUUCCUUUGAUUUGGUUCAAUGUUUUAGUGGAAAUGAAUCUCUCUUCUCUGCCUAUUUCAUUCGCUAAGGCUGUUAUUUGGGCUUUGUCCCGCUUUUCCAUUAUGGAAGCUGGAAGUACUGAUAAUAUGACGGUUUCAGUAAAAGAUUGGAUAUUAUUGUAUGCUGGAAGCAUCUCACAUUCAUUUGAAUGGGAAAUUCCAAAAGGUUGUGAUGAUGGUGGAGAUGGAAGACCAUCUAAAAAUUCAGUGCAAGUAUCUGCAUCUUGUGAUAUUCUGAUAAGCACACUUAAAAGGUGUGCUGCCCAAUUCAUUCUCCAAUUAAAGCAAGGAGAGCUUCAAAAACAGUGGGCAUGGGAACCAACCAUGGCAGAGAGUUUGGUCCUUUUGCUAAUGGAUCCUAAUGAUAAUGCAAGACAAGUUAGUAGAAUCAUAUUGGAACAUUUUUCACAGUCAAGAAGCCUGGUGGGUGGCUUGCAAUUCCUUUGUUCAAGUGCUGCUUCUAUGUCUUCCAUGUUCCUGGGGCUGCGUUACGCUUUCAAAAUGGUUUUGGCAGAUUUAACCUUGUUAAAUUUUCAGAACUUGCAUCAUUUAUUUUUUAUCGUUCGAAAGCUUCUCAAGGAAGUUGGUUCCUCUAUGCCAAAGCCUUGUAAUGAUAAUCGUGAACAGUCUUCCAUGCUUUCUCGUGGAGGGGGCUUUUUGUGGCAACCUCUUUUUACUACAUGUUGCGAUGCUUCUGGAGGUCCAACCACCAUUAUAGAUGUUGAAUCUUGGAACAAAUUGUGCUGCUUACUUCCUGGAGUUAUGUGGCCAGCUAUAGUGAAGUGCAUAUCUGAGGGAAAGGCAUUCACUGAUGAUAAGAAAUCCCAGAUGACUAGUGUCCGGUUAAUGGAAGCUCUUCCUGUUAUUUUUGAAAAGCUCAGAAAUUCUGAACUUUUCUGCUUUGCAGCAUCCAAGCUCGUUUUUCCUGGGCCUUUUGACUUCAAAUGGUUGCGUGAUCUGAUUGACUGGGGAAAAUCAUCACUCCUUGUAAUAAAAAAGCACUGGAAACAGUGCCUUUUUUUGUUGCUUAAUCUGUUCAAAAAAUUUUCUCUUGCCUAUUCUGCUCAAGUAAUUGGGAAAAUAGAAGAGCUUGUAUCUUGUGAUGCAGAUACAGAUGCAAUUAGUGAGAUACAGGUGCAAAUAUCUCGUCUCUCUGUUUCAUUAUGUACUGAUGCUGUCCAUACUGUUGAGAAAAGGAGCAGUGAACCAGAUUAUUCAUCUCGUCAAAAUUCUUUACUGGAGGUCUCAAAUAAAUUUGUUGCUGAGGCUUCUAGAUUGGCACCUGCUGAUGCUCAUGUCUCUGAUGCAGUGACAAAACCUGAAGAACCAAAGGAGGUGGUAAUUCUCUCAGAUGAUGAGGCAGAUAAAGCUACUAGUUCAGCUGAGCUAGAUGGAGCUUCUGACAUUCAGUCAGGUAAGCUGAUAUUAGACCAGGAGGACUUCAGUAAAGACAUCUUAGCAGAGGAUAAUCUUUUAAGUGCUUCAAAGAAAGUGUUAAGUACAACUUUGGUUCCAAAAGUUAAAGGAAUCUCAGAGGUUUUGCCAGAGGCUGGUAAUUCAUGCAUAGAUUCGAAGACUGCUUCUCGUAAGCAUAUCACAAGUAGACGUGACUCCCCAGAUAAUUUUGACACCAAUAAUCUUGAUAGCAUGAGAUCUUCUGCCCAAGUAAAGCCUGUAAACAAUACCACCAUAAUUAAAACUCUCCAGAACGAUUCCGUAGAAUGUGGUAGAAUAUCCUUGGAUGAAAAGGAUGAAGCCGUCAUACAGAAGUUGGUACACACUGAAGGUGAAUCUACUGGAUCCACUGGCAACUGUGAGAGGCGCCAAUCCUCAAUGCUGUCCAAAUUUUCCAUGGUAAUUCCUAAACGGCAACUUAUUCAACUUGGAGUUCCUUCAGGAAGUAAAAUCAGUAAUCUUCAUAAACAAGAGUGUCCUCUCAGACGAUUUAGGCCAGUGAGGCUUGAUGACUGGUAUAAACCAAUUUUGGAAGUUGAUUACUUUUCAAUUGUGGGCUUAACUGCUGAAAAUAAUGAUGGGAAUGGAAUUGUGUUGAAUUUGGCAGAGGUGCCAACAUAUUUUGAUUCUCCGCAACAUUAUGUGGAAAUUUUCCGUCCACUGGUGUUGGAAGAAUUCAAGGCUCAGCUUAGAAAUUCAUAUGUGGAGUCCUUUUCCUCUGAUGAGGUGUGUUCUGGUAGUCUUCGUAUAAUCUCAGUCGAGAGAAUUGAUGAUUUUCAUGUGAUUAGAUGUCUUCCUGAUGCUUCUGAGUCCUUCACAUCUAGAACUUUUUAUGAAAAUGACCUAGUUUUGUUGACAAAGGAGCCCUUCCAAAGUGCCUUCCAGGCCUUUCAUGCAGUUGGCAAGGUGGACAGGAGAGAAAAAGAUAACAAAAGCAGGUCAAAUGUAUUGGUUAUUAGAUUUUACUUUUCAGGUGGUUCUGCACGUUUAGCUAAAGCAAGAAGGCUUCUCACUGAACGAAGCAAAUGGUGUGUGACUAGGAUUAUGAGCAUUACAUCUCAAGUUCGAGAAUUCCAGGCACUAUCCUCAUUGAAUGACAUUCCAAUAUUGUCAGUUAUCUUGAAUCCAUAUGAUUCAAAAGCAAAUGAUGCUGGUUCCAGAAAUAUAAAUCUGGGUAGACUUCCAGAAGCAAUCCAACAAAAGUUGAAGUCAUCAUUCAAUGAUGGUCAACUUCAAGCAAUUAGCACUGCCAUUGAAAGGAGUGGCGCAUCAGGAACCUCCGGGUUGCAACUUAUUCAAGGCCCACCAGGAACUGGAAAGACGAAGACGAUUGUUGGUAUAGUGAGUGCAUUACUUGCCUUAGAUGCCACUCAGAAGAUUGAUCAGCAAAAGGCACAAGGUAGCAAUGGAGUGUGGGAAAGUAAUUCUAAGAGGCUCAGUAACCAAUCUGUUGCAAUUGCAAGAGCAUGGCAGGACGCUGCCUUGGCAAGGCAGGUGGCUAAAGAAGGAGACAACAUGGCUACAGUGUCAGUUGGAAGUUUUAAAAGAAAGAGGGUGCUAAUUUGUGCUCAAUCUAAUGCAGCUGUGGAUGAACUGGUAUCAAGAAUUUCAAGGGAUGGCCUUUAUGGAAGUGAUGGUUUGAUUUACAAGCCUUAUUUAGUUCGCACUGGCAAUGUGAAAACUGUUCAUCCCAAUUCCAUGUCAUUUUUCAUUGAUACAUUGGUCGAACAACGUUUGGCAGAACAAAGGAUAAAUGAAGGUGAUAUAUCAAAUGAUGUAAACUUGGGUUCAACUGUGCUUAGAUCUGAAUUGGAAAAGUUAAUGGAGCGUAUUCAGUCUUUUGAAGCCAAGCGUGCAAAAUUCCGAGAUAAUUCCGAGCUAGAAACAAGGACAAAAUUAGGAGAAAUGGCUGCUGAAGAUGAUGAUCUGGAAGACAUGUCUGAGGCAGCAACAGAGGUGACAUUACAGAGACUUAAUGCAAAAAAGAAGGCAAUCUAUCGAGACCUAUCAAUUGCUCAGGCUCGAGAAAGGAAAACUUUUGAGGAGAGCAGAUCUCAGAAACUUAGGUUACGGAAAUGUAUUAUCAGGGAAGCUGAGAUCUUGGUGACCACUCUUAGUGGCUGUGGUGGAGAUAUUUAUGCAGUUUGCUCGGAAUCCAUUUCCUCAAACCGGUUUGGAAGACCGUCUGAGGAGUUUUUGUUCGACGUAGUUGUGAUUGAUGAAGCUGCUCAAGCUUUGGAACCAGCAACAUUGAUUCCUCUUCAACUUUUAAAGUCAAGUGGAACAAAGUGCAUUAUGGUUGGUGAUCCAAAACAGCUCCCUGCUACAGUGCUUUCCAACAUUGCUAGCAAAUUUCUUUUUGAGUGCAGUAUGUUUGAACGACUGCAGCGAGCUGGAUAUCCUGUGACGAUGCUUACGACUCAGUAUCGAAUGCAUCCAGAAAUAUGCCAGUUCCCAUCCCUACAUUUCUAUGAAGGGAGGCUGUUAAAUGGCCACGAUGCAACCAAAAAGUCUGCUCCAUUUCAUAAAAGCAUGUUCUUUGGGCCAUAUGUUUUUUUUGAUGUUACUGAUGGUCAUGAACGUCGAGGGACUGGUUUAGGUGGACUUUCCAUUUCAAACAAAGCUGAGGCUGACGUUGUUAUUGAAGUACUGAGGUUUUUGAAGAAAAGGUAUCCCUCAGAGUUUCUUCCUAAAAGAAUUGGAAUUAUAUCUCCAUACAAGAGUCAGGUAACACUAUUACGAGCAAGAUUUGCAGAUGCAUUUGGAUCUGUCACUUCUGCAGAUGUCGAAUUCAACACAGUUGAUGGUUUCCAAGGGCGAGAAAUAGAUAUUCUAAUUCUAUCUACAGUGAGGGCAUGUGAGCCUGAUCGUGAGGAACCUGCAGUGAAUUCAAGUGUCAUUGGUUUUGUUGCAGAUGUAAGAAGAAUGAAUGUUGCUCUUACCCGAGCUAGGCUUUCUUUAUGGGUUCUUGGCAAUGCAAAGACGUUGCAGACUAACCUUCAUUGGGCUUCUUUGCUCAGUAAUGCAAAAGAAAGGAAUUUGGUAAUAUCAGUGCACAGGCCAUAUGAGUCUAUUUUUAGGUCGUCAUCCAUUUCAAGGCACACUGUGACUUCAAAAGGAAAAGAAUGUGCAGAGAAAAGUUUUAGAGAUCACAUGCACAUUUCAUACGAUGAACAUGCAGAGAUCAAUAAUACUGAGAAGGGACUGAAGGAAAAGAGAUCUUUUAGGAGCAUACUUAAGGAUGUCGACGACCUGGACUUAUGCCAAUCCUAUAGGCAUGGCAAACCAUCAAGUCAUGAUUCUGAAUGGAAUACCACUAAACCAGCUGAAAAUAGGCCUUUUUUCCCAGCAGAGAAAAGCAAGGGGCACAUGAUAAAAGGAGCUUCACAUGGAUCAUCUAAGCAUGGCAGAUCGAGUCAUGGUUCUGAAUGUGAUAUGAGUAGACCGACUGAAAGAUUUAGUCGAUCUUCUAUGGCAGAGAGAAGCAGGGAUUUGAGGACGAUUAAUAGACAAAAUGAAACUUGCAAGGGUACCAAAGAAAUGGCUUUGAGUAUGGAAUAUUAUAGAAUGUCUAAAACGAGUACUGAUUGUGCAGAUGCAUCUCAUGAAAUUGAUGCUAAUAGUUAUUCUUUGCUGGUGGCUGAUAAAGCUAGUUGUACACCUCAAAUGCAAAUUAAUCCAUCAGUUUCAUCUUCUGCCAGUAAUUUGCUUAAUGCUGUAGAUACUAAGAGUUCCUGGUAUAACUUGUGUGGAGAUGUUGAUAGGAUAGACACCUGCCAUGAAACUGAACAUGUUAAUAAAAUGUCUCCGUUGCUGGAAAUAGUAGAAGGCAACCACCCAAGUCAUCAGAGAACACGCCCACCUUCUGCUGGUUGCAUUUCUGGCACCAAGGGAAGACAUCACUGUGAUGGAAAAGAUAAAUACCUGGGAACUACACCUUCUCAAGAUGGUCUUGAAGUUGAAACUUCCAAAUCAGCUAAAAUAUCUGGUGCUGGUGGAAUUAAAGGAAGCAGAUUUUCUGUUUCACCUUCUGCUGAUAGUGUUUCUUGCUCUGUUAAUAAAUCAAAAGAACGAAAUGGCAGUAGAUCAAGAAAGGUUACUACUGAUCAAGAAAACAGGUAUGGUGGAAAUAGUUCUACUGCUGGAACUUUGACCACAUCAUCCUUGGCAAACAGCGGUAAUAGUUUUGGUCAGGUUUCACCUAUAACUCAAGACAGACCUGGGGAUGGAGGUAAAAAUGAUGGUAGCCACAUAGCAAGAAAUUCAGCAAAUGAUCCAUUAAUAGCAAGGAAAAGGCAGCGGGAUGCAGUUGAAGCUCUUCUACCGUCGGCUCUUAUUUCUUCUAAAAAACCUGAAAUCUCAAUGGCAAUGGAUCGUUUAAAAAUGCCUUCUCCAAGUUCAUCACGAGUUGCAAGUGGUACUAGGUGUCCACCCCAAGAUAUUGGUCCAUCAUCAAGCCAAUCACAACAAAAACCUGUGGAUGCGACACAUAUACGAGUUCCUCCACCCAACAAGAAGUCUGGAAGUAUUGAUAUCCAAGAAGAAUGGGAAGCAUAUAAAAACCUUGUCCAGGAACAGAGGAGAAAAUAGUUAUAUGCAGUAUUACGAUCGAUGAGUUAAUCCAGCUUAUCACAGCUUCUGCAAUCAUCCUGAUGGUAUCCUAACUUCAUGGCCAAAUUUGACUAAUUCGUGGAUACACUAAGACUUGGACAGCACUUUUGUACAUCCUAUUCCAGGGUAAUGGACAAGCUAUUUCGUUGCUGUGCCAGGUCUUCUAGUUGUUGAUUUUGUAUUGUAGUUAUGCAUCUGCUAUGCGUUGUCAGUGUGAGUUCUGCUUCAGUUAAUUCUAGGGAUGGCAUUCUUAGUGAUCCCCAUGUAUACUUUGGUCUUACACCCAGCUGUAUAGGCAAAUUCAACCCUUACCCGUGUAUAGCAAAGUACAUUGAUCGCUUACCGAUCCUCAUCUAAUUUCCUUUAAAUUUUGGAGCAGUAGUAUUCUGUUGUAUAUAUUUCACAUUUUAAAGGGUCAAUGGAAGAAAGAUGACUGGUUCGGUGGCAAUUUGCUGCGAUCUGGUUGUAUGCAGUACAAACUGUACAUUGAUCAGGGUGGACUUAAUGAAAUUGUGUCCGUGUAAAGAAGAGAAGCUGAA